AUGGCGUUAGAUCAAUACAUGGACAACACCGUCUCCCAAAAUGAUUCCUUUGAAGAUAAACCGUCUUUGAAAAACUGGAAAACCACCACAGAUUCUGAUCGAAAUUCAUCUGCUGGCUUUGACUGCAACAUCUGCUUAGAGUGUGUGCAAGAUCCAGUGGUCACAUUUUGUGGUCACCUUUACUGCUGGCCUUGUAUUUACAAAUGGAUUCAUAUACAAACUAGUAUCUCUUCCGAAUACGAGGAGAAGCAGAAUCCACAAUGUCCCGUAUGCAAAUCAGAACUCUCUCAGUCCUUGCUAGUUCCAUUAUAUGGCCGUGGCCAAUCCACGACAAAGUCCGAAGGGAAGACUUGUCAAGCUGGGAUUUUUGUACCUCAAAGACCUUUGGGUCCCAGAUCAUAUAAUACUAGAACUGUUUCACAACCUUAUUAUCAUCCUCGACAGUUCAACUCAAUUCCUAGCAGUUACCCUUCACCAAUGUUUAGCACAAGUGGUUCGUCAUUGGACAACUCAUUUGGAAUCUUCGGUGAAAUGAUAUACGCGAGGGUGUUCGGUAACCAGAUGGGAAACAUGUAUACAUAUCGUAAUUCAUAUAGUUUUCGAGAGAACAAUAAUCCAAGGGUUAGAAGACAUUUAAUGCAGGUUGAUAAAUCACUAAGCAGAAUCUGUUUUUUCCUCCUUUGCUGCUUAGUUUUGUGUCUUCUGUUAUUCUGA